UCGCAGCUCUCGCAAUAUAGUGGCAGCAUGAAAUGAAUUGUGCAUAUGUUGAAGCCUACAGAAUUGCCACUGACUACUACAAGGCGUACGUUCUUAAAGUCCCAUGCCGCACUUCCAUAUUGUCAGGGAGGGCAUGGAUUACGGAAUUAUACAAUGGUCACAGUGGCCGCUUCCAAUACGAAUUGUGCAUGCCCAAACAUGUGUUCAUUCGGUUAUGUACGACAUUGGUAAAUGACUUCCAGUUGCGUGUACCCGAGCGUCCACACGGCUUGCACGUAGAGGAGAGUGUUGCAAUAUUCAUUCAUGUGCUUAAAAACUUGCCAAACCGGGAGUUACAAGAACGAUUCCAACAUUUUGGUGAAACUAUUUCACGCCAUUUUCAUACCGUCUUGAAAGUAAUGAAGAAAUUCAUUGUCGAGCACUCCAGGCCUCCCGCUAAUUUCCAAAUGCACAUGCAUCCCCAUCUGCAAUCUCAACCACAAUAUAUGCCGUUCAAGGUGCAUUGGAUGAGACACAUGUGCCAGCAUGCAUAAGGGAGUCAGAAGCAGCCCCAUAUUUCAGCCGAAAGGGGUGUUACACCCAGAAUAUUUUGGCGGUCUGUGAUUUUAACAUGUGCUUCGUGUUUGUCUCGUGCGGGUGGGAAGACAGCAUGCACGACAGCUGGGUUUUAAGCAAUGUAACGGAGGAUCCACCUUACAAUUUUCCAACUGCAACUGACGGUCGCUAUUACCUUGUAGAUAGUGGAUACAUUAAUAAGAAGGGCUUUCUGGCACCAUACAAAGGCAACAGGUACCACCAACUGGAAUUUCAAAGGCACAAUCCACGGAACCGUGAUGAGUUCUUCAACCGUGCUCACUCAUCUUUGUGGAGUGUCAUUGAGCGUACCUUUGGCGCUUGGAAGUUGCGGCGGAGAUUUCUUAAAGACAUGCCUCGAUUUGAUUUUCGUAAAGUGCAGGUGCCAUUGGUUGCAGCGUCUAUGGCUUUACAUAAUUUCAUACGCAGAAAUAGUGUGGACGACGAGAUUGUUGUUGCUGUCAGCAGUGCGGCCGAGUAUAGAUACGUGGACAUGCCUGACCGGGACGAUUUGGCUGCCCUUGACGAUGUAAUGAUGCUUGGAGACGAUGACGUUGAGAUGGCGCAGUUGCGGGGGCGUAUCAGGGCGGAGUUAGUUACAAUUUGGCGAAAGGCUCGUUAGGUAGACAUGUUAUGUGAUGCAUGUCAUCACUGUGUUGUGUUCAAAUUAAUUGGAGAGGACUAUUUGUGUAUAUUGCUUACCAAUUAUGUACGAGCAUGUAUGUCACUGUUUUUGUACAACUAUGGAAUCUCUUGGUUAUGAUUUCAGGUUGCUUACCAAUUAUGUAAGGGCUUUCGUCAACUCAUAAAUUUCAGGUUGGUUAUGAAUUCCCGAAAACAAAAAAUUUCCCAAAUAAAAACAAUUACAUACUCGAGUUUUGUACAGAGUUAGGCUAUGAUUUGUUUAUGACUUUGGAAUAGAGACUUGUAAAAAUUAUUUUCCUAUUUUAUCUACAUUUUGGUACUAUUCACAAUUACAUCACAUAAAUUACAAUCCAUAUGACUAGUCGUUUGGGAAUAUACUAUUUUACUAUUUCUCAUUUUUGGACUAUAUUAUCAAGU